AUGUCCUCUGUACUACGAACAGACAGCGGCCCCGAGAUACCAUCAAAUGGGGGAAAGGAAUUGACUUCAGACCCGGAGGCAGGUCUACCUCGAUCAGGCAUUUCAUCCAAGUCUGCUGAAGAUGCGUCCAGGUCAAUACACGGGAUUCGAUGGUUCCUCGUCGUGGUCGCUAUUCUUUCAAGCAUAUUCCUCUACUCUCUCGACAACACUGUCGUUGCGGAUAUCAUGCCUGCGGCUGUGGAGACCCUCGGUGAUGCCAUAGACCUCCCUUGGCUGUCCGUCGGGUUCCUCCUCGGCGGCUGCACCGCAGUCCUCCCCUUUGGUAAACUCUAUGGCCUCUUCGAUGCCAAAUGGCUCUAUGUGGGAUCGUCUGCUCUCUUCAAUAUUGAAUCCGCUCUCUGCGGCGCUGCUCCAUCUCUGCAAGCACUUAUUAUUGGCCGUGUCCUCGCCGGCAUGGGCGGAAACGGCAUGUAUUUGGGAGUCAUGACCUUGCUGUCUGUCAAUACUUCAGACAGAGAGCGACCUAGGUAUCUGAGCUUUGUUGGCCUUGUCUGGGGCAUCGGCACCGUCCUUGGCCCAGUGGUCGGAGGCGCAUUUGCCCAAUCCGCAGCCACAUGGAGAUGGGCUUUCUACAUCAACCUGGUCGUGGCCGGCCUCUUCGCACCUGUCUAUCUCUUCUUGAUCCCAUCCUACAAACCUCGUGCGGGAACGAGUGUGAUCAAUCUGAUCCGAGAAUUCGACGGCGUUGGGACGAUUUGCAGCACAGGUGCCAUUAUGACAAUUGUCAUGGCCAUCAACUUCGGCGGAGCCAUGUACCCCUGGAACAGCGGCCAGACCAUCGCCCUCUUUGUCGUCUCCGGUGCUCUCUUCCUCGUGUUCGGCAUUCAACAGGACUACGCCAUCCUCACGAGCAAAUCUAAUAGGAUCUUCCCCUCUCAUUUCCUACGCAACCCCAAUGCUGUGCUCCUGUACAUCUGUGCGUCCGCCGUCAACGCAGCUGGCUUCAUACCUAUCUACUACAUCCCUCUCUACUUCCAGUUCACCAAGGGGGACAGUGCCAUCGACUCGGCCAUCCGGCUGCUGCCUUUGAUUUUUGUGCUGAGUGCUGCCAUCCUAGCAAACGGCCAUUUCAUGUCCCGGUUCAGUCACUUCCAGCCUUGGUACGUUGGCGGAAGCAUCCUCGCCUUGAUUGGCGGGGUUCUCCUAGCUCAUAUCGGAAAUGAUACACCGAUUGCAAGUAUCUAUGGAUUUGAGAUUCUCGUAGGCCUGGGAACGGGUGCCUUCAUCCAGGCUGGGUAUGCUGUCAUCCAAGCGGUCACAGCACCAGCGGACCUGGCAUAUGCUAUCAGUUACAUGAUGCUUGCCCAGCUUGGUGGCAUCGCCUUCGGGCUCUCAGUCGCGGGCUCUCUGUUUAUCAAUACUGCCACGGCAGGCUUGGCUGUGGCUCUGCCCAGUAUCUCUGCGACCGAGUUGCAGCUUUUACUCUCGGGAACAAGUAGUGCCUAUUACCAUUCACUAUCAGAAGAGCUGCGUGUCCAGGUAGUGGGCAUCAUUGUCGGGGCAAUGAACAGGGUUUUCAUCCUCGUGUAUGUCAGCGCGGCAGUGGCCCUUGUUGCUUCAGUGCUCUUUUCACAACGAACACUGUUUAGGGGAGCCAUCGCUGUUGCGGCCUAG